AUGUUUCGACGUCCCAAGUGUCUGACCUCCAAUUCGAACACCGUAGUCAGCUCGUCAACACAAUUCUUUGACAAACUUAAAGGAGAAAGUCUCCUACCAAGCGAUGUCAUGGUUUGUUUAGAUGUCACGUCCUUUUUUACUUCUAUCUCGCAGGACCUGGCAGUCGAGACCAUCGAACUUCUCCUACGAGAGAAAAACGACGAAACAAAGAAUCGCCUCGGACACGCCCAAAUCAUCCAGCUCCUGAAGUUCUUUCUUAACACGAACUUUAUGUUCGACGUAACAAUCUACGAGCAGGUGAAGGAAACGCCAAUGGGUUCGCCGAUUUCGGGACACAUAGCCGAGGCGGUCUCACAACGGUUGGAGUCGCUGGUUCUCCGGCAACACAGACCAAAAUUCUGGGCUCGGUAUGUGGAUGAUACCUUCGUCGUCAUCGAACGAGAUGAGGUGCUGACCUUCAAAAAACAUCUUAACGCCGUCUUCCCGAAAAUUCAAUUUACGAUGGAGGAGGAAGAAAACGACCAACUGGGCUUCCUGGAUGUCCUCGUCUGCCGCAAAUUUUGUGGUGACCUAAAAACCAAAGCGUUCAGGAAAGCGACGAAUACGACGCAAAUACGGAACUUCAACAGCAACCACGGGAUCAGUCACAAACGCAGUUGCGUAAGGGCGCUAUAGGGGUGAGUGGAGACGCACUGCAGUGAAAUGAAAGACAAGACUGCUGAAUAACAAUAUCUUUGACGGGUUCUGAUAGCCGAUGGCUACCCGCGCGGCUUUGUCAACCAGUGAAUACAAAAACGACAUCAGAGACCAAAUCUAACCGUUUCCUCACUCCACAUAGGCCGGAAGCAAUCAUCAGGCGCCAAGUCAAGAGGCCGAAAGACCAACUGCCACGGUAUGAAACGUCAGGAAUCGUUUGCCGGAUCUGGUGCAGUAGCGGACAAAGCAACUACGUCGGAGAAACUGGGACAUUACUCCGUACGCGAAUUUCCAAGCAAGCAGCAGCAGUGA